GUGUAUUUUAGUGUAUUUUAGUGAUUGUCAAGUGGUGCAGUGUUUAUUUAUUCAUUCAUUUUCUUUUUUUUUAUUGAUAUCUCUGUCCACGUGGGGUAUUUAUGAUCAGAAAUACACAUCUGCAGGAGAAGAUAGAGAUCUCAAUAACUGUUUUUUGCUCUUAUUAUUUUCCUAAUGUAUAAUCUUUCACCCAGUGUCUGUGUUUGACCCACUAUCAUUCAGCAGUGGUUGUGAAAUUCACCAGCUCCGUGUGACAGAAACACACUCACACUGUGUGAUUAAUCGGCAAUGUUACAGGCAGGCUUCACACGGAAAAUGAAUUAGAGGAAGUUUGUUCCUGUUGCAGAACCUGAUAAAGAGAUUAACUCUAGUGGUUCUAUAUACUGAGGCUGACCAAUCAGGUGCUAGGAAGGAAAACCUAACAUGUCUUAAUAACUCCUUUUUUGAUUUUUUUUAAUAGCUUUUCACCAGGGCUCUGUUAGAACACAAUGACGAUCAUAAAAGACCAGAAACCCCCGACUGCUGCAGUAAACAAAUGACCAGCUCAUGUUUGUGUCACUGAAAUCACUAGAGUUUACACACGAGAGGACACCCCCGGCUUAUGCAAAGUUGGAAGUUCUCUGUGGAGAUAUCGAUGUUUGUCUGGUGUUUUCAGAUCGAGGUCAUUCAACUUCAGUGAAGCAGUGACAGAUAAAAGUGCAGCAGACGGACGGAUGUCAGAUCAGGUGGUUGUUGUUUUUGUUCAGAGGAGAAGAAGAAGAGAGAAGUGUGAGGAUGAGGCUGCUGUGUCUUCAGCUGCUGUCCAUCUGUGUUGUCCUACAGGUGAACUUGAGUCACUCAAAGUGCUACAUAUCUGGCUCUAGGGCUCAGUGUCUGUUCCUUUCCAACACAUGGCUCCCUCUUCUCCCUCCUGGUCUCACCUACCUGUACGUGUCUGUGAGGCACCUCCCUGAGAUCAACUCCACAUACCUGUCAGGACUCACACAGCUGGAGGAGUUGUACCUUGAUAGAAUUCACAGGUCGAUGGUGAUUAGAAACGACGCCUUUGUUGCUCAAAGUCGCCUAAAGAAGCUGGUGCUCAGCGGGAACCGGGAUCUUCAGCUGGAGCCCAGGGCCUUCGUGGGGUUGUCCAGUUUGCAGGAGCUGGACUUGAGUCACUGUUCUCUCAACGAAUCAAUACUGCAGGAGGAAUACCUGCAGCCGCUGUCCUCUUUAGAGACACUCCAUCUCUCUGGCAAUCACAUAAGGAGACUCCAACCUGCCAAGUUCUUUGCCAACAUGAGCAGUUUCAAAUAUCUGGAUCUGCGCUUGAACAGAAUCGUACAGCUGUGUGAAUCGGAUCUCACAGCUUUUCGGGGGAAGCAUUUCAACACCUUGAAUUUAGAAUCCGGACUUCGUCCCGGCGGCCUGAGUAAUCGAAGUUUGGACUGGAAAACAUGUGGCAAUCCUUUCAGAGAAAUGUCCUUUCAGAGCAUUGACCUGUCAAACAACGGGCUGAGCAUGAGUCAAAUAAAGCACUUCCUCAGAGCCAUCGAGGGGACAAAGAUCUCCCACCUCAAACUGUCAGGGCACGUGGGCAAAGGGUUCUCAUUCAAUAAUCUCCCUGAUCCUGACAACAGCACAUUUGAAGGCUUAAGGAACAGUACUCUUCAGAUUUUGGAUCUGUCCAAGAAUAGAAUAUUUGCGUUGCGACACGGGGUUUUUAAUCCACUGAGAGAGGCCAAACUUAUUGACAUUUCCCAAAACAGAGUGAAUGAGAUUCACAGAAAUGCCUUCGAGGGUCUGCAGGAUCAAUUAAAGACGCUCAACUUAUCCCACAAUCUACUGGGGGAAAUCUAUUCUUACACUUUUCAUUUUCUGACCAACCUGGAGGUCCUGGACCUGUCCCACAACAACAUCGGCGUCCUUGGGUACAAGGCCUUCAGUGGACUUCCAAAACUGAAAACAUUACUUUUCACGGGGAACGCUCUGCGAGACCUUGGCUUCCCAGCGUCUCUCCCCAGUUUACAUGAUCUCCGUUUGAAUGACAACAGGUUGACGCAUCGGUUCAUGAGCAACGUUGCUCAAUUUGCUGCUAACGUCACGUAUCUGGACAUCAGUGACAACAGAGUGACAGACUUGGAGAGUGUUUACAGCCUGGUGUCUCAGCUCCAUCAUCUCCAGCACUUUAACUUUGGAGGGAACGCAAUCAACUUGUGCUCUCGACAUUCAUCCGUCGGUCCCAAUCGUUUGCAGGUCCUGGAUCUUCACGGCAACUCCCUGCAGUCAAUUUGGUCUCAGCACAGAUGCCAGGCUGUGUUUGACGACAUGAAACACGUGAAAACGCUCAGCCUACGUGAUAACAAGCUGGAGUUUGUUCCAUGGAACAUCUUCAAGGGCAUGACCUCGGUUGUUGCCAUUGAUCUUUCGUCUAACCUUCUGACGUAUCUGAUUCCGGGAGUUUUCCCCAAACAUCUGAAGACACUGGAUCUUUCCAACAACUUCAUAGCCUCUCCAGACCCCGCUGCUUUCCAAACCCUCAGCUUCCUUGAACUAAAUAUGAAUCGAUUCCUCUGUGACUCCAACCUGAAGAGUUUUCUGACGUGGCUCAAUCAGACUCACGUACACCUGAUGAGUAUACAUGACGUGCUGAAAUGUGCAUUUCCCCCAAGUUUCCGUGAUGUUCCCGUGUUACGUUACGCAGCUCAGGCCAAACUGCUGGAAGAAAACGUUCAUCCUGUUUAAAAAACAUCAGGCAAAUACUUAGAAUAAACAAAAAUAGUUCUACUGAGUAUUCUGCAGUAUUGUACUACUACCAUAUACUAUAUUUAACUCCCUCUUUAUCUUGAAAUUGCCGGAAAAAAGAAUAAAGUAUAUUAAAAAUAAACAUAAAA